GGCCCCCAUAAUCACAACGGUAUCAAACUGGUCGUUCAGUACAGUAUCGUUUCCGUUGAAUUAAACGUUCAAUACCGUUCUCUCGUACUGCACGCACCCCUGAUCCCAUGGCAACGGUGCACGGAACAUUAGUUGCUAAGCAACAUUGUAGUGAAAGUUAUUUUUUUGCUAGCUGCUACUAGUCAAGUGACCUAGCUAGCUAUGAAGUUCACCCACACUUUUCUUGCAAGUCAAGACGUGUUUUUCAUUCAAAGUUCCACCCAGGAUGUGCCCAGCAUUGAAGACAGACACAGAGAUACUGAGGACAUCAGAGAAUGCCUAUGAGAGACUCAUCCUGCACCACCUACAGCACUAUGGACUCUUUACAAGCACAGAUAAUUAUUUCCAAGGCAACCUCUUAAGACAAAGAUGGAGGGAUUCCCACCACCCUGGCUCCAGCCACCCAGGCACCCACUCCUCUGACAGCAAUAAUUCCAACAUGGAGGAUGAGGAGCAGGAGCCUGGCAGGAGGGCAUUCACCUUGCACCUGGGACAGGCCCUCAGGACCAGGCAGCUGGUGAUAGAUUUUGACGGGGAGCGUCCCAUCCCCCGGCUUAGGGAGCCCCUGGACCUGUUUGCCAUCCCCUCCACCCCUUUCCAGGGGGUCCGCUGGCCCAUUGAGUAUGAGGUCUUCAAGGAAGCCAUACACCACAUAGAGUGGGACCCUCCAGACCCAGAGCCGUUCUACCAGCCCACGGGCCAUGAGAGGGCCCCCAUGCCUAUCGGGGAGGAAAAGGGGAACGUGGUUUACUGCAUUGACCCAGGCACAAAGACCUCCUACUUCACCUACUCUCGUGUGGGAGGAAGCCGGGGGCCCAUCAAGAGCUCCACCUCUUGUGCCAUGCAUCAGGACAAGUCCACCCUGGCCUUUGAGUCACGCUUUGAGAGCGGCAACCUGCAGAAGGCAGUUCAAGUCGGUGUCCAUGACUAUGAGCUCACCCUCCGCACCGACAUGUACACCACCAAGCACACGCAGUGGUUCUACUUCCGGGUCAGAAACAUGAAGGCGGGGGUCACCUAUCGCUUCACCAUAGUCAACCUGAUGAAGGCUAGCAGCCUGUACUGCCUGGGCAUGAGGCCUCUGCUCUACUCUGAAAGAGCCGCCUGGGAGAAGGGAGAGGGCUGGCGCCGAACUGGCUCCAACAUCAGAUACUACCGCAACCAUCACCACCAGGCUGAGCAGGACAACAACACUACCACCAACACAAAGUCCCUACACUCCCUUACAUGGACCGGCCAGUUCCCCUACGACUUUGACACCUGCUAUUUGGCCCACUGCUACCCCUACACCUACUCCCACCUGCAGCGCUACCUCAGCCGCCUCACCUCCAACUCGGCCACCGGCGCCUACUGCAAGCUGCGGGUGCUGUGUCGCAGCCUGGCUGGCAAUGCUGUGCAUGUGCUGACAGUGACAUCACCAGGAGGGGGGUGGAUGGAUAGGAGUGCCAAGCGGGCGGUGGUGGUUACAGCCAGGGUGCACCCCGGGGAGACCAACAGCUCCUGGAUGAUGCAGGGCUUCCUGGACUUCCUGCUAGGAGAGUCAGACGACGCCAGGCUGCUGAGGGAGACUUUUGUGUUUAAGGUGGUGCCCAUGCUGAACCCAGACGGGGUGGUUGUGGGGAACUAUCGCUGCUCUCUGGCCGGCAGGGACCUGAACAGGAACUACAAUACCCUGCUGAGGGACUCCUUCCCCUGUGUCUGGCACACCAGGAACAUGGUCAAGAGACUGAUGGCUGAGAGGGACGUGGUGUUGUAUUGUGAUUUCCACGGUCACAGUCGUAAGAACAACGUCUUCAUGUAUGGCUGUACCAACAGCGAUGACGCCACACAACGGCUCCAUGAGAGAGUCUUCCCGCUCAUGAUGAGCAAGAACGCCAAUGACAAGUUCUCGUUCAGGAGCUGUAAGUUCAGAGUUCAUCAGAGUAAAGAGGGAACAGGACGUGUCGUCAUGUGGAGACUAGGCAUCAGGAACAGCUACACUAUGGAGUCCACCUUCGGAGGCUCCACUCUGGGGAACAGGAAGGGGACCCAUUUCACCACCAGGGACCUGAAGUCUCUGGGGUACUACUUAUGUGACACACUGCUGGACUACUGUGAUCCCGACCCAACCAAGACCAGUCACUGCCUAGCUGAGUUGCGGGCGAUGUUAAGGCAGGAGCUCAGAGAGAGGUUGGGCCGGGAGGUCGACUCUGAUGGAUCUCUCAGCGUCUCCAUUUCUGACAUUGAGUCCAGUACCAGCGGCUCAAACAGCACAGAGUCUGAUGGCCUGCCUGUCCACCUACUGAACCGAAUUGAUGAGCAGAGCCAAGUGAAGAAGAAACACCUGAGGAGUGGUAAGGAGAGGAACAGACUGAGACAGGAGAGAGUGAGAAACGUCGACCCAAAGGUCCUCCACAGGAACAUCAAGAACAUAGACCCUGUGCUACCCACUGAGGACAUGGUGAAGGUGAGGAUCCAGGAAAAGACGGUGGCCGUGGUCAGAGAGAAGAAGAAGAGAGAGGUGCCGUUUGUGGUGAAAGUGAGCCGUCAGACAGGACGCUCCUGGAUCCCCCAUCCCACCACUCGCAUUGGGGUCAUAGGCCAUGUGACCCUCUGGCAGGAGGAGUCAGAGAAGAAUGAAUACCUGGAUGCUGUAAGGGCCGCAUACCUGCGUACUCAGCCACCUGUCACAGAGGAGCCGGAGGAGGAGCGGCUGCAGUAUUGGAGUCCCCAGCUGCAGUUUGGCUCCUCCCAGGCCCCACGGCCGGGACCUCAGCGGCGCCCCUUAUCUUUUACAGCUGUACAGCAACGCGGCUUCUCUGUGCCUGUGCCCACCUCGAAGAUCAGGGUUCACACCACCCCCAUUCAGCAGCAACCCAUGCCCUUCAGCCCCGAUCACAGAAGCCACGCUGGGAUGAGAGAGAGGAUGCCUGCUUUACACACCAGUUCUCCCCCAGUAGUUCCGGGCAUGCAGUGCAGGGUGGUCCCUGAGUUCAUCCCGCCACAAGGCCUGGAGCCCUGCCGCUCUUCCAACGUCUACCCAGCCAAGUCCCACCACCAGUGGCCACGCCCAGAUAAACAAGGCCACGCAGCCCGGGUCUCCAAACGCUACUACAUGCCAGAGGCUCCAACCUCUAACACAGAUGUCCUAGAGCCCCUAUGGAGGAGCCCAGAAAGGGACUGCACAGCAGGUGUAUCAGACGCUAUGCCUGUGGGUGAGCAGGACCAGAGUGGUCCUCAAGCAGCCUUUGAGAAGCCACCGAGUAAACCUGGGACAGACGGUAACUCCUUCCUGCCAGACCUGAGGCACAUAGACUUCAGAGGGAAAAGCCAUGGCUGUCUAUGGGGAGACCAGGCAGGGGCUGGAGUACAGAGGCAGGGCCCCUCAAAGAGAGAGCCGCUGAGGGGGGGAGAAGGCAGGCGUGUAUGUGGAGGAGAUGCAGCAGCAAGGCGUGUGAAAAGCAACCACAGGUUGGCCCAGCAGACAUUGCAAGAGGAGGAUAAACAGGAAAUGGGCAUUUUACCCCAGAUGUCCUCGACCACCCACACCAAGAUAGAUCAUGUGCCCCGACAGCUAGACAGUCUACGUAGGCUCCAGAAACUCAGCCUGGCCAAUACCUCCAGGUUCCACUCCAGUGGGAGAGGGGCGGAAGCAGGGACAGGGUUGGAUCUGGAGAAGAGGAUGGUCGCCAGACCAUCAGGGUCUGCCCCUCCUCGCAGUACAGCACCUUUGAGCUGAGAACCAGGCAGGGACACACAUUGGCAAAUGUACCAGACAGACUGCUGAUACGAACCCCUGAAGAUGGGCAGAGACUAUAGGAAGUUUCUGCUCUAUUUUGACCACAAGAAGAUGUACAGCACAUUGCCUUUCAGGUGGAUAUCGAAAUUACAUGUAUUUUUGCCUUGAUUGUGUGACUUUCUUAUUUGAUGAGUCUACGUGUCACUUUAAAUCUAACUGAACUGUU